GUUCAUUCCAUACUAGUCAUCUGUCCGCAUCUUCUCGUCCAUUCGACGCUCUCUUAUUGUUCGGGCUGGGAAACCGACUGCUCGAUUCAGUUUCUCUGCUUUGUUGCUUGUAUUAUUGUGCUGGAAGUUCGCUGUUGCCCCCCAUACACAUGCCGUCUACGUGUCCUGAGUCUACCACUGCCUGACACCGAACAUCGAAUUUGUUUCGUUGCGACAGCUUUAUAGCCGAAAGAGCAACUAAUUCUCGUCCCUUCGGCGUUCAGAAUGGCACCUGGUGAUUCACCAGACCUAGACGAGCAGCAUGUCUUGCGUCCUAAUGUUCGCCCUUCGAGCUCGAGUCCGCGUCCUCUUAGCCAGCAGGACAGCGUUGCCCAGAUAGCAUUGGAGUCAGACAAUAUAGCUACUGACUUGGAAUCGUCUUCCAAGAAGUCUUCGCGCAAGAUGUCUCCGGCAAUCAGUUUAAAACACUCCAACGACCAUUCUGCGUCUCCAGCAUCGACCUAUUACUCUUCUAAUGCCUCUAUUUCGUCGUCUUCUUUGAACGGCUCCUCGUCAUCAUCUGCUGCGUCGUCCACUCUAACGGCUACUCAGUUCCCUGCUUUGUCAUCGUCUGAAACUCGCAAACAACCUCGCAGCGACUCGCCCAUUAAAUUGACUCUCGAUCCUACUCGCCAAAGUUUGGAGUCUUUACGUGAAGCGGUGAAUGUUGCACAACUGCAGAGCUAUCAGAAUAUCGAUCGCAUGGCAUCGCCGGUAUCGGCCGGGGCCUCCUCCACCAGGACACUUUCACUUUCUCAAGAACAGUCCGCGCACUCUUAUAUGGGAUCUCCGGUGUCUGCUUCGCCUGAUUUCACUUUCUCGAAUUCUUCUCGGACCCUAUCAGCCUCAGAAGAUUCACUAAAUUCAACGAACUUUCCCUCGCGAGCUGUUAUGCCAAAUAUGUCCGAGGCCACAGAUAGUACGCAGUCGUUCACAUCUUCACGAUCUGCGCGACACAAGAUCAUACCCGAUUUCGCUGAAAUGGAGCAUCCGUCUCCAAAGCUCUAUGACCUUACGCUCAAACUCAACUCAGAUCCGGGUUUAUAUGAGUUUUGGAAUAAUCUCACAGAGGUUCUCGAAUCCGUUUAUAUGGCGAAAAGAGCUUCACUUAUUGUCCCCAACGAUCUCACCGAUAUUGCCAACACUCCGUGGGGUCUAAAAGGUGUAUGGACAUCCAAAAAUAUCCCGUGGACUCUUUCUCGAUUGCAGCAUUAUCGUGACUUGCGCGUGUCGGAUCAUAGCGAGGACUAUAAUGCAUCGCAUAGUACAGACAACGAUGACAGCGAAUGGGAAGAUAUGUUUGAGGGUUCAGAUGGCGAGGAUGCUUCAUUUGCCCCAAAUUCGAGCCGCAACUCCCUGGUGUCAGAGAAUGAUGGAGAAUUGACUGAUGAGGAUACAGAAUACCCGAGACACACUCGUACCGGAUCUGCAGGUAGCGAUCUUGACAACCUGCCGUUCUUAUCACGGAAGCAGGAGAAUGUGGAGUCAGGAGUGGCCAAAAUCUACACCUCUUUACGACCUCUCGAGUCUGACGUUGACCCGAUUAUCGACAGUCUGGGAGUCAGCCGUGUGCUGCAUCGGGGAAAAGUGGCUGUGCUGCAACGCGAAUAUCGGAACCUUCAGAGAUCCCCGGAGUCACAGCCGAAUGGAUCCAAGCCUGAAGAGCUUAAACGACCAGCAGUUCUUGCAGGUUCUCGCAAGCACUCAACGGUGUCGACUGUCAGUGAUGCUUCGACCAUCACCGAGCAGCGGCCAAGUCUGCCACACCGGAACGCUUUUACAAAAUCGAAGAAAAAGCCGAUGCUCAGAGAUCCUUUUGACAAUGGUUCUGUUUCAGCACAAGCACUGUAUAAUCUACCAUACGAAGAUUAUGAACAGUGUUUGCUUUCUCCUUGGUCACAUUCUCCCGCACCUUCUCCAGCUUUGUCCAAAGACAGCAAGGAGAAUCCGUUCUUCAAUUUGUCGGAACAGACGUCGGUCGAAGAGGCAUUUGCAUCACCUUCUGCAAGUGAGGAUAACUCUCCAAUCGCGGACCUCAAUUACCCAGUACGCGCGAUCGGCCUAGAGUCGAGUUAUUCUGUUAUUCACAUUCCUCUGGUCCACCCAUCUCUUUCUCAUCCCGUCAGAAAUACUACUGGCUCCCGAAAGGGUAAACAAUGUGUUGUACCCAUUGCUAUCGUGUCAAUUCUUUCUGAUGUUAUCCCGUAUCCGGUCAACCUGAUCAAGUCACUUGGAAAUUUUGCACCGCAUAUAGCCGCUUCUUACGCGCUAGCAGAGGCUCACGCCAAUCUGAAAUACCAGGUGGAGCACUCGAGGUCUCUUCAUGCUUUACAUCAUCGCCGGGGUCAAAGAAGCCGCAGUAGCGUUUUAUCGGGAUAUUCAAGAAAGUCAAGUACAUCGAGCACGCGCUCGUACAAUGGACCACAGACCUCGACUGGAAACUACUUUGGGCUGAGCAACCUAAGUAGCUCUGAAGCGUCAUCGAGAACCUCGACACCAACAUGGGAAUCAGCGACUAACACCGUUGCUAACUCUCCCAUUGGGCUUCUCGAGCAGUCAGAAUCGAUUUCAAGUACUCCCACAGCAAGUACUUUCGUCUCUGCGCCUAGUAGUGCGAAACCUUCGCCUGCCGAAUCCCCUGGGGUUGAAAUACAGUCUCCAAGACCCAGCCAGACUCAAUUCAGAUACAGAAACCAGAGUAAAUCUGUCGCGUCUUCCUAUUUCAGAAAUGCAUCGCCUCCUCCGAAGUCACCCAUCUCAUCCUUCUCUAGCUCGACAUCGCCUCUGCCUGAAUCAUCGUCAUCAGCAAUGCAGCCGCCCCAUCGGGGUGCUAGGUCAACGUUUCCUCGAGGCGAUUCGCUUGGGAGUGGCGUGGCUCGCAUGGCUCCUCCACCCCCGCGACUACUGAGAACCAUCAUUGACUCAAUUCCUGUGCAUUUGUACAUCUCAGAGCCCCAGACCGGAACCGUCACUUGGGUGUCUGCGCGCACUCUUGCAUACUGCGGUUUGUCACCAGACGAAUUUUGUCGCCAACCUCCCGAGCAGCGAUUCCAUCCUGACGACCGAGAGACAUUUUUGAGAGCUUGGAAAUCGGCAUUGAAGAACGGAGACCCUUUGAGCUUGCAACUUCGGAUGCGACGAUUUGACGGCGCUUACAGAUUUUUCGUGGUGCGCGAAGUUCCCCUUCGCGACUCGAAAGGAUCGAUAGUGCACUGGUUUGGCACAAGUAUGGAUAUCCACGAGCAGAGGAUAGCUGAGCUAGAGUCGAUCAAGCAGUCUGAGAAGCUUGCGAGCGAGAGAAAGUACCGAACUUUGGCGGAGUCCAGUCCUCUGAUUGUGUUCGCAGCAACUCUAUCCGAUGGGAUUAUAUACACAAACAACCAAUGGAGCGGUUACUCAGGGCAAUCGAUCGAGAGUUCUCAGCGCUUCGGAUUUCUGGAGUUUGUACACCCAGAAGAUCGGCCCAAGUGCGUUUUACCGGUUGCAGGAGAGUCACACACGUUCUCUUGUGAGGUUCGACUUCGAGAUUCUGGAGGUGAUUACAAGUGGCAUCUUGUUCGCUGUGUAUCAUCCGAAGAUCAGGCAAAUACGUCAAGUACCCCUGGAACAGGACUGGGACCGGACAUUGCAAAUCAUAUUCUUCCAAAUACCUCCAUCAGCCCUAGCGGAGAUCCUGUUUGGUUUGGAACUUGUACUGAUAUCAACGAUCACAAGUUGGUUGAAGAAAAAUUGCAAGAAGCCAAGGACACUGCUCAACGCACUAUGGAAUCCAAGGCUCGAUUUCUUUCGAAUAUGUCCCACGAGAUCAGAACUCCGCUGAUUGGUAUUUCCGGAAUGGUCAAUUUCUUGCUGGAUACCACUCUCACGUCUGAGCAGCUAGAUUACUGCCAUACCAUAUCAAGCAGUUCCGAAGCAUUGCUAUCUGUGAUCAACGAUAUCUUGGAUCUAUCGAAAGCGGAAGCCGGGAAAAUGCGACUCAACAAGGAGUGGUUCAAUAUCCGUUGGCUGGUUGAGGAUACAAACGAGCUUCUUGGGACAUUAGCGAUAUCCAAAAACCUCGAGCUCAACUAUAUUGUGAAUGAGGAUGUUCCGGCGGUUGUCAAUGGUGAUCGGAUCAGAAUUCGUCAAGUGCUACUGAAUAUCAUCGGAAACGCAAUCAAGUUUACUUCCCAUGGAGAGGUGUUCACUAGAUGCUCUGUCAAGGCACGCGAGAACGAUGUGAUCACAUUGCAUUUUGAAUGCCAUGACACUGGAGCGGGAUUUGACAAAGAAGAUGAGGCGUUGAUGUUCAAGCCGUUCAGUCAGAUUGACAGCACGAUGACGAGAAGACAUGGAGGCAGUGGCCUUGGACUUGUCAUCUCGAAGCAGCUGAUCGAGCUGCAUGGUGGUUCGAUUCAUUGUCGCGGAGAGAAGGGCAAGGGCUCAACUUUCUACUUUUCCGCGGAGUUUGGACUGCCAACUGAGGAAGAUCAUCCAUCAAUGAGUCCUCUAUCUCGCUCUUCCCUUCAUCGAUACGCCAGUGUCUCAUCUUCGUCUUCGGACUCUCAUAGCGCGGCACUCGAUAAGCACUCUCCGUUCUCUUUGCGCCCUGGAGCUAUAGCCGGAGUCAUACAGAUUCCUGGUGCUACUCAGACUCCUGGUCCUAUGCUUCCGUCUCCAAUUUCAGAGUAUACUUUACCGUCUCCUGGAUCAAAGUCUCCUGGAUCAAAGUCAAUCUCACUGCUUUCGCCUGGUUCAACGUCUCAAAAUCCUUUGGCCACCGAGGUGACCAUGGAGCAGAUGUCGCAGUUAAAGCCGGCGAAAGAUCCUCGGAUGAUGCGAUUGAGAUUACCGUCUGAUCCGCAUAGGCACAAGACAGCUGACUCCAGCAAGCCUAGCUCUUCCCUCGAUGUGCCUACGUCCGGUCGGCAAGCUGAUAACAAUGUCUUUGCGUUAAUCGUGAGUGAGUAUCAUUUCGCUACAGAGGCGAUUAUAUACCAUAUACGAGAAGCGCUACCGCAUGAUUGUUUUCUUGAGACUGCGCAUGUCUCCAACUACGAGGCUGCCUCUGAGCUGCUUGGAGUUCUGCAGACGCGACUGCCGGCUCCGGGAGAGCGCACUCCAUUUACUCAUGUUGUGAUCAAUGUGACGGAUUAUACGGAGAUCGCCUCACUCGCAGCCAAGGUCUUCCUGAGCUCUACAGUUUACGCAAACACCAAGGUUGUGGCUGUGACUACGCCCAUGCAAAAGACUGCGAUUCUGCAGAAUUUGCGGGCGAAUGGAGCAGACGCGCCAUCUAGCAGUCGUGGCUCAGUUAGUGCGUCAGGCUCGAGCGCGUUUUCUUCUUCGCAUAGACAACGAGGAUCGGCUGCUGGAAGUGACGGCUUGGUGGACUACAACAUCCUCGAGCGUGAGAUGGGAACUCGAUUUUUCUGCGUUUCCAAACCAUUGAAGGUGUCAAGGCUAUCUCCUAUCUUCAACUCCCGCUCUAAAUCUUCGGCUACCGAGUCGGUGCAGUCUUUGGGAACACCGGGCGAGUCUCCUGGCGAGAUUACUCUUAGUACUCGCGGCGAUAACUUGGAGGACGCUGAUGCUGCUAAGCGGGCGACCAAUAGCAAGCGCAGUAUAUUCAGAGAUCUCCAGAGUGUGGUGGAAGGGCACAACUAUCGUGUUUUGCUUGUUGAGGACAACCCAGUCAAUCAAAAAGUCCUUCAAAAAUUCUUGAAGCGGGGCGGUCUGGAAGUUGACACGGUAUCUGAUGGCGAAGAGUGCGUGCAAAAAGUGUACAGCGUUGAGCCGGGCUACUACAGCUUGAUUGUCUGUGAUCUCCACAUGCCACGAAAGGACGGUUUCCAGACCUGUGCUGAGCUUCGACGCUGGGAGGAGGUCAACAAUCUCGAUAGAUGCCCGAUGGUUGCUCUUAGCGCCAAUGUGAUGUCGGACGUUGCAGAAAAGUGUCAGAUGGUUGGGUUCUCGCGAUACGUCUCCAAGCCUAUCGAUUUCACGGUUUUCAAAAGUGUUAUUGUCGACCUUUUGAGUGAAAAUGAGGAAAAGGAGUGAUUCCGCGGUAUCCAUCCUCUGAUCCUGAUUAAUAUUUUUUUAUCGUUCAACUAUUUUCUUUUCUUGUCAAAUAUUUAAAGCCUUUGCUAGGCGUUUUUUGCCAGUUUUUUGAAUGAUUCUGGAUUCUGGUUUUGCCAUUGUGUCAUUAUUAUAUUGGGAGGUAUUGCGUUCCGGAUUUCAUUUACUGUAUUCGAAUUUUAUAUUGUUUCUCUAUUUCCAGCUUAUUUAUCUAAUCGAGUUGUUCCAUUAUUUAUUCUCGAAGUGCCUGUUUUUUUAUUUGCGCAACGGUUUUCUAUUUGAUUAUAUCUAUGAUGUGGUUUGUACGAUUGUCUACACUGGCUCAGCUGUUUUGCGUUUUAGACCGAAAGGCGAUUUAUUUGAUAUUUAUAAUAGCAAUA